AUGGACUUCCGUUUGGGCAGCCGACCUGACUUGUAUCCCUCGCAUCCCAUGACGCCACAAAACCUCAGGAGUGACCUACAUGUUAUAGAUGUCAGGCACUUAUGGAGGCUUCGGUCCGAUGGCAACUGCCCGCUGCCAACCCGGUUAAGUGCCACCUGUGCGAGUGUUGCAGCUUCGCCUAAGUCCAGUGAGUUCGUGUCGGUGAGCACCAUGAGGGACAACGUCAGGAAGCAUACGAGGUCGACGUUUAGCCCCAUCGACAAGUACAACUUUGGUGCUGCCACCUCUCAUGAGAUCGGCUGGCACGUCGAGGCUCCUAGGGCCGCUACCGCGUUUAGCGCUGUGCGUCGGCCACUCCGUUUUGGGCUCAAGGAGUCUGAGACGACUCGCUAUGUGCAUAGCAUGAAACUUUCGGGAUCAGAGGCGUCGUUGCGCCUGAUCCUUCCAUAG